UAGAUCCUAGGUAUAUAACCUGUAGUUUUGCAAAUAACUUGUUUCCAUAUAACUUUUACAUUUCUGAAAGAUGCUACGAAUAUUUGAAAAACAAAUUUUUCGGAAUAUACGAAAUGGUAGGAGAUUAAACACUUGGUCACAUCUCGCCACGGCAUUUAAUUCCGCUGUUAGUGAUGAAAAUCACUCGGUAAAUAUAUUGAAGAAAGAAACGGGACUGUUUGGUAUUCCGGAGUUAAAAAGUGAAGAUGGUUUUAACAUAUUGAAAAGUCGUGCAUUAGCACAUGUGGAUGUUCUCAUCGAUGAAGCUAUAAACAAAGACAGGAAGAGAAAAAUGGUGGAAAUAUUUGACGAAUUAUCCAAUACAUUAUGUAAAGUAGCAGAUAUGGCUGAAUUUAUUAGAGUUGCACAUCCCGAUCAACAGUAUGUUCAAGCUGCUGAAGAUGCUUGUAUAACUAUCAGUGGCGUAGUCGAAAAAUUAAACACACAUCGUGAACUGUAUGAUGUGUUAAAAAAAGUGGCAACUAAUGGUGAUACUCAGGUGACAUCCGAUAUAGACAAUCAUGUGGCUAAAUUAUUCUUAUUCGAUUUUGAACAAUGUGGUAUACACUUACCAGAAAGGCAAAGGAGAAAAGUAGUCAAAUUAAACGAUUAUAUUUUGCAAGUGGGUCAAAGGUUUAUGGGUGGUGCUGUUACUCCGAGGACGGUUGAUGCCGACGCAUUACCCGAUGUUAUCAGGCAAUAUUUUGUGACGGACAACGGUCAGAUAUUAGUGCAAGGAUUUUACACAGACUCCUCCAAUACUGCUGUUCGUGAAGCGGCAUAUAAAUUGUUUCUGUUCCCGGAUAAAGAGCAAGAUUAUCUAUUACACGAACUCUUGAGCUCCAGACAUCUACUGGCAGAAUAUUGUGAAUUUCCAUCAUAUGCACACAGAGCUGUGAAAGGAAGUACGGUCGAAUCGCCAGUUGUUGUGAAAGAAUUUCUUAAUGUAUUAAAUGAUAAUUUGCAAUCUAAAGCAACACAAGAUUUUCAAGAAAUGCAAAAGAUGAAAGAUGCCGAAUCGCAUUUGAAACAAGAAUUGAUGCCAUGGGAUACCGCCUACUUUAUGGCAAAAGCAAAGAAAGUUUGGUUAAAUACCUCUACUACUGAAUUUGCUCCAUACUUUUCCCUUGGUGCUUGUAUGGAGGGUUUAAAUAUCCUUACGCAAUCAUUGUAUGGAGUUAGGCUCGAAUCCAUCCCAGUGUUAUCUGGAGAGGUAUGGGCGAAUAACGUUCACAAAUUAGCUGUAAUAGAUGAAGAGGAGGGAAUCUUGGGUUAUAUUUAUUGCGAUUUCUAUGAAAGAAUGGGAAAAUCUAAUCAAGACUGUCAUUUUACAAUCCAAGGUGGAAAGCAAUUACCAGAUAGUUCUUAUCAGAAUCCUAUAGUUGUACUCAUGUUAUCAUUACCAUAUCCACGGUGGUCAAAUCCAUGUUUAUUAAGUCCAUCAUCUGUGGACAAUCUGUUUCAUGAAAUGGGCCAUGCGUUGCAUUCUAUGCUUGGACGAACGAAAUAUCAGCAUGUUACUGGUACUAGAUGUAGCACAGAUUUCGCGGAAGUGCCAAGUGUGCUGAUGGAAUAUUUUGCAAGUGAUCCUAGGGUUGUAUCAAAAUUUGCAAAACAUUUUCAAACUCAAGAACCAAUGCCGGAAAAUUUAUUGCACAAACUGUGCGCUUCAAAGAACAUUUUCUGCGCCUCUGAAUUACAAAAUCAAGUAUUCUAUAGUAUGCUGGAUCAGGUGUAUCAUAGUGGUAAACUAACAAAAUCCACCAGUGAGAUUUUAGCAGAUGUACAGAAGGAAUAUUAUGGUCUUCCAUAUGUGAAAAAUACAGCAUGGCAAUUGAGAUUUUCACAUUUGGUCGGAUACGGCGCAAAAUAUUACUCCUAUCUAAUAUCUCGUGCAAUCGCCGCCUGGAUUUGGCAAACCUACUUCCAUAAUGAUCCCUUCUGCCGAUCGGCAGGUAACCGUUAUCGAAAGGAAUGUUUAGCACAUGGAGGUGGUAAGCCAGCAUCGCAAUUAGUGUCAGAUUUCUUAAACAAGGAAGCUACUGCUGCUACAUUUGCAAAAUCGUUAAUCAACGAAGUAGAUAUGAAGAAUCUACACAUGGAAACCAUAAAACAACGUAAUAGUAUAAAAUUUUCAUAACUUGCUACAAUACCAAAACUUGAGCUUUUGUAGCAGAUGUGUAAUAUUUUGCAUAUGUGUUAGAUACAGUUUUGUAUAACAAACUCUUCAGUAUAGAAUGUACAGAAUACAUUUUUAUGAGAAAAAAAUGAAUGUACAAUACAGAUUGUUUCUAGAUAAACUGCAUAUGAAAAAAAAAUCCUACAUUUUUAAUGACAAAUUCUUACAUUAAUGUGGUAUUAGUGUUUCUUUAUCACAAAAUCGUUAUUUACUAUAAGUUUUUAAUUUUCGAUAUUAUAACUAAUUCUUUAAUUAAAAUUGAAUAUCAAUGUAAAAUUUACUUGAAAAUUUAAUUAGAAAAAUAUAUUUGUCAUUUAUAUAUUUCUUUUUUUUCUUUGGACACUUUGUGAUUUAACUUAUUCCUUCAUUAGGAAUCGACCAAAAAUUAACUCUAGUAUCAAAAUAAUAUUAUUAAAAAAUAAUAUAGUAGAAAAUAAACUCUUUGUAAAAAUUCCUUCUACAUUUUUUGUUUUGUGAACCAAAAUCUCACAUUGCAAGAUUAUAAAUAAUUGAUAUAAUACCAUUAAGCAGCGUUAAUUUCUUUUUUUUCUCUCUUAAUUAUAUUUUAUUAUAAGUACAGAAUCCUUUAUACUCUCUAUGUACAAUGUUGGUAAAUCUAUAAAUUA